ACAAGAGCGCACCAGUUUACUGUAGCAUCAGCACUGGAGAUGCACGCCGGUUGAGAGCUCAGCUGCGACUCUGCGCACACAGGCGUCUUCUAUAAGUAGACUCUCACUGGAGAGUAAAGAACAAGACAGCAUGCUCUUCAACUCUCUCUUUACCACUUGAUUUUCCCGCAAUGUGUUUGUAUUUGGAUUAAGUUUCCACGUCAUUUCGAGGGACGCGGACAGUGUGGGGGGAAACAUGAGGAAUACUGUCGGUUCCCGUGGAUGAUGAUGUCCCACAAUGAACGCAGAUUUCCAAAAUUCACUGCAAGUUCCUCGACCAAAGGUCCGCAGUCAUCUGACCAUAAAAGUGCAGUCCAAACUGAUGUCCAGGCCGUGUCCAUCUGUCCAUGGUCCAAAACCUCCUGUUGCGCCCAAACCAAGACCCCUGUAUGUGCCUCACAAACACAGGGAGCCCUGCCCCUCACAGAGCCUGAGUAACGGAGACCUGGCUCAUUUAGAUGGAGAGACGGAGGAUCUCCAUGAUAUGGCUGAGGGUAAUCAGGACAAAGAGGAGAAAAGUGAGGCAGAGGAUGGAGUUAAUGACAAUGGUAUAGGACCCAAUGAUAAAGACAACAUAGUAGAAGGACAAAUUGAGGAGGAAACCGAAAAGGAGGUAGACAUAUUAGAUAAUGAUCGCGACAGCAUUGGCUCUGAGGACACAAUCAAAGCAGAUGAUGGUUCAAUUGUUGACACUACUGAGGAUGAAAACACUGACAAUGACUUGAACCAGCCUGAAGGUGGCAAUCACACUGAUGAUGACAAUACAUCAACACCCGCACUUCCUCCUGCUGACAGGGAGGAUGAAAGAGGAGAAGAAACAGAAGAGGAGGAACAGAGUUGUAGUGAAAACAAUGAAAUACUUUGUGACUCAGCAGGACACUCAGAUGUAGAGGAAGAAGUCCUUGACCAGUCACACAGUCGAGGUGAUACAGGCAAUGAUACUGGGCAUAAUGAUGUGGACAGUGAGGACUGUGUGCACUGUCCUGAGGAGACUGAGCUGGAAGCUGGAGGAUUUGCAUUUGGAUUCAGUGUGCUUCCAACUGUAACUGAGGAGUAUCCCUAUGAUGUGAUUGGCCCCACAGAUGAUGCUAGUUCUACAUGUGAAUCAUGUGACCCAGCUGAAACAGGGGAUGCAGAGGUAUGGCAACCAGAACGGGCUACCAAGGACCUGUCUGGCUGUUUCAGAUUCACAUCCAGCACUGAGGAUGUGUUUGGACCUUAUUCGGUCAUUGAAGCUGUUCCAGCAAAUUUGGCAGAUACUGCUGACCCAGAGUGGAGUCAGGAUGACACUGAUGACAUACCUUCAAAUGAAAUGCAAACAGCAAGUGCUUCUAACCAGGAACCUUACUAUGUGUCAUCAAAUGAUGUGGACAAGCUAGAUGAUAAGCAAACCCUCUCAGAACAGGAGGAAACCGAGGAAGUCAAUGAUCAGUCAAAUCAGCACAAAGACAAAGCAAAGGACAGUGAGUCAGCAGAUGAAUAUGCAGACAUUGACGAUUCACUCUGCAUUAAAGCAGAUGAGCAGUGUGUCUCAUCGGAGGAUUAUGUCGAGAUAGGUGAUGAAGAUGAAGAGGAGGAAACAGAAAAGAAACAUAUCAAAGGAAAAAGUGCAAAAGAGAGAACUGCUAAACGAGAGCAGGCCUUCCUCAGCCAGCGAGCAAGCUGUCAGCCUCGCCUAAGGUUGUGCAACAUCACUGUGCCAACAGACCUGGACCUGGGCCGCACCCCCGAGCUCACCAACAGGGUGGUGUUUGCCCACACCACUGAGGCCUUUGAAGAGGACAUUGAGGAACUGGACUGCCAUAUUGUGCCUUACUAUGAAGACACAGACUCUGACAGCGAAGAGCAUAUAUACGAAGAAGCUGGGUUUGACUCAGAAGGGGAGAACUUUGUGACACUUGAUCGGAAGACUAUUGUCACACGAUCACGCUCUUAUUCUGGGAAAGUUCCGGGUUACGUCCCAGAAACUGUACCAGAGGAGACAGGGACGGAGUACCAGACUCAUGACUACUGCACAGUGGCCUUGGAUAAGACCAAUGAACCUCUUAGCCAUUCACAGCAGCCUGGGGUCAACAAUCUGAUCCCAUCUAUGAAGUCUCGCCGCUUCUUGUUAUAUUCCCGAUCUGCAGAGGGUACAGAAUUGUCUUUGACCACUCCCACAGAGAUCGGCCAUUCUCUAAAGGAUGACAUAAGAAUAAGAAGGAAAGAUGAUACUCUUUCACUUCCGUGUGUCAUAACAUCUUCUGGAAGUUUCUCUCAGCGUAGCCAUCAAUCAUCCAGUGGUGUUUCCACGCCAACCUCUCUAGUGGACAUUCCACCACCCUUUGAGCUGGCAUACAUUACCAAAAGACCAGUCACCAAGAGUUCUCCAUCUCUCCUGAUCCAGCAUGAACCCAAUGACAUACCUAAGAAGAAAAAGUCUUCCUUCAAGCGCUUUCUGGCACUUAAGUUCAAAAAGAAAACAGAUUCGAAGGGUUUUAGUGAUGGAAGUGUCCGCUCUUCGCGUUCUUCCUCCGAGUCCAGCCACCACGGCCCAGUAAGAGUCAUAGAGCUUGAUCGCAGAAGCAAUGGCAGCUCUCCUCAGCUUCAGUCUCAUAUAGUGAACCCCCAACAGCGUCCUUUAGACCUGCCAUCCUCCUUUGUCCACCAUCAGAGAAGAAAAUCUUAUGGCAGAGGCGUCUCCAGAGUGGAAUCCUUUGAGGAGCGUUCUCGACGCUCCGCCAUGCCACUGCCUUUGACCAAACCUCGCUCCAUCUCUUUCCCCAGUGCAGACACCUCAGACUAUGAAAACAUCCCAGCCAUGAGCUCAGACUAUGAGAACAUCCAGAUCCCAGGCAGACCCACCAGAUCCCACACUGUGACUGAGUUUUUUGAGGACCCAAGCCGCAGUACAGUUCAGUGCAAUGAGAAUGAUGGCUAUGUGGAUAUGAACAGUUUCACUGGGAUUGACAGCAAACCCCAGCCAAAAGACGAUACUGAAAGUGCCUACACGGAGCCUUUCCCAAUGAACCCUGUCUCUGUUGGGCUGUCAGCAGACGAGGACCACGGGCGUACCUCAGAGGAGGAAGAGGGCGUGGCAGAGCAAGGUUAUGACCGACAGAUUGAUGGCCGAUCCCGAGCUUUCUACGUCGCCAAAGAGCUCGUCGACUCAGAGAGACUGCAUGUCAGUGCCCUCAAGUACCUUCAAGAGGACUUUAGGUCAGCAGUGACAGAGACGGAAGGUGAGGAAGGGGACCCUGUGUUGGAGGAGCAGAGGUUAGGAGAGAUAUUGGGUGUACUUCCCCAGGUCUACGCCCUCCACAGCAGCAUCCUUACUGAGCUGGAGGAACGCAUCAGUCAGUGGGAGGAGAGCCAAAGGGUAGUAGAUGUGAUCCUGUCACGUCGGGAGGACUUUGGGGUGUUUGACACCUAUAUCUCGGAGUAUGAUCGCAGCAUGUCCUUACUUGAGGAGAGCUGCAGGAACAACAAGGCUUUCGCCACCAUCGUCAAGAAAUUUGAGACAAGAAGCCCAGAAGAAGCUGAAGUCCCACUGAAACACCAGCUGCUGCAGGUUAUAGUGAGAGUGCUUCAGUAUCGAAUGCUACUCACAGACUACCUGAACAACCUCUCUCCUGAUUCUAAAGAAUACGAGGACACACAAGCUGCCUUGGUGAUCGUGUCCGAGGUGGCAGACCAGGCCAAUGACAAUCUGAAACAGGGGGAGAACCUACUGCGCCUGGUCCACAUAGAGUACAGCGUAAAGGGAAAGAGGGACCUCCUGAAGCCUGGGAGGAUGUUUGUCAAAGAGGGCACACUCAUGAAGGUCUCGAAGAAAAGCAGGCAGCCUCGACACUUGUUUCUGAUGAACGACAUUAUGCUGUACACCUACCCUCAGCAGGAUGGAAAAUACAGGCUGAAAAACACGCUAUCUCUGUCUGGGAUGAAGGUGAGCAAACCUGUCCUCGACAAUGUGCUGAACUGUCUUAGGAUCGAGGUGUCUGACAUCACUAUUACACUCUCAGCCAGUUCAGUUGGAGAGAGGGAGGACUGGUUCCACACAUUGAGUCGAGCCAUAGCAGACCAUGCUGCAGGACUCUGCACGUUUGGUGGACCCUGCAGUGAGGCCCGUGAAAAGUUGUGGAUGGCCCUGGGAGAGGCUGCUCCUGUACUGGUGCCAGUUUCUCAUGUGAUGAUGUGCAUGAACUGUACCUCGGACUUCAGCCUCACGCUGAGACGACAUCAUUGCAACGCCUGCGGCAAGGUGGUGUGCCGUGCUUGUUCCAGAAACAGAUACCCACUGAAGUACCUCAAAGACAGGGUGGCCAAAGUGUGUGACCACUGCUAUGCUGAGCUCAGGAAAAGAGGUGGCAGCGUGUCAGGGGCAUGUGGUAACUCCAGCCCUCGGACUCACCGGGCCAGCCGUCCCCUCUCUGCUGUCUUCCAGAGCCUGCAGCCCCCAAGUUUGUGGAAGAGCAGGAAGAGCACCUCCCCUCUCAACCAGGUGUCACUUGCCGUUGAGGGCUCUACCAUGAGCGGCAGCCUGCAGCGCCGAAAGAAGAGCAAGAGGAAGUGGAAGCGGCUGUGGUUCCUCCUCAAAGACAAGGUGCUCUACACCUUCACAGCCCGUGAGGACAAAGUGGCUUCAGAGAGUUUACCUCUGCAGGGCUUCACUGUCAAGCUGACGGAGAGGCCAGAGGGCGAGGAGAGCAGCAAUGUGUUCCAUCUGUACCACAAGAAAACCCUGUACUACACCUUUAGGGCAGAUGAUCAACACACUGCACGCAGAUGGGUCAAUGCCAUGGAGGAGGCUACUGUUUUAUAGCACCUGCUCAGUUAAAUGAAUAUGCCCUGCUGUCCAUGACUGCUAGAACUCCUCUGUGCAGCACAACAUAGCUACCUGCUGCAUCUGAACUCACACCAUCAGUAAGGAUUCAUCACGUCUGACCUGUUGUGGAAUAUUAUGUGACAAUUUAAUCACCGGGGGGAUUUGUGACAAGGCUGCCACGUGAUGAUAGGGAGGUAAAAAUAGGAGAGUCAGAGGGUGCUACUACGUGGUGAGGAGAAGUGGAAACCUCUCUCUUGGAGUAUGAUCUAAAGUAUGAAAACUCUUCCCAGUGAGUUCCCAAUGCGCUGAUUUACUGGGGCACCUCACUUUUAAGAGGCAGCUUGGAUACAUCAAAUGAUUCAUCUAAAAGAAACAAUUUAUUCCCCUUUUCUUCCUUUUUCCUUACAAGGACCAAAAGAGUGUUCUUCAAGUCAACUUUUCUUUAAUUUUGCUGUAUUUUGGUGUCAUUUUUUUUAGAAGUCCACUGGAUUAAUUAACCACUCUUUGGGUUCUGCAGGAGAACAUCGCAUCCUUCAGUUUUAUAUGUGAGACAGUUACAUUAUGUGUUCUGUGAUGGGUCAUAUUGCAAAAACACCCAAAACAAACUUUGCUCCAAAGUAGUAUUCACAGCUAGUAAAGAGGAAAAUAUUGGUUACCAUUUUAGAGAGAUAUUUGAUAUUCUGAAUAUAUAUUGUGAAGUAUACACUGAAGUGAAUUAUAUGACUUGUCUGUAUAAAAAAAAGUGUUACAUGAUGUUCUGAAUAAGAGGUCAUCUUAAUCAUCAUGGUGUGUGUACAUUAUAUUUCUUGUGGAGUGUUACUCUUGUAUUGAAUCUACAAAGCUAUGGAAUGACCCUAAGCAUGACGACCACUCAACACCAUUUGUAGAAGGAUGAACACUUUCAAAGACACUUUGUGUUUGAAUUUGUAGGUUUUGACAGAUGUGUCACACAGUUCUGAAGUGCCAAUUGAUUUCUUCCAGCUGAAUGCAGUGCAAUUUGCAAUUGAUGAUGAAUGUGCCUGAAAAUAAAUUGUACUCCUUGUUUGUCUUUUGUUAUCACAGUACUGUACUACUGUCAUGUCUCCAGAAGAGACCUUGAUAACAUUUGUUUUUUUUAUCUACGCCUAUAUACUUUAAUCUUCUAGUAUUUUGAACAGUUCAGUUACAGUCCAGUAACAUUAGAAUAUACUAUUGUGCCACUUUUAUUAAUGCAUUUUUCAUGCUGUAUAUACACUGCUGGAUAAAAUCAUACUUUAACCACUUGGACUUAAUAGCAACUGCUGAAAAAAAGCCAAUCCCAUACUACCUAUAAACUGUCAGUGUCAAAGUCAUCUGAGCCGCUCAUGUCUUAAGCAGUAGGGAGAACACUGGAGUUUCAUUCCUCUCUACUGUUACAUAAUCAGACAUGCAUAUUUUCUGUUACACUAAACCUAGAGGCAUUAUCUGCUCCAUUCAGAAUGCAGCUGUACUACAUGUGAUCUUCCACCUUUUCAAACUACAUUGUUUCUAAAGCACACUGUUCAUCAAGUACUGUUCAGCUUUUCUACCUGUUUCCUAUGUGCCAUACUUAUAGUGUUAUUAUGGAUUGUACCUCUUGCAUAUAGUGCAUUGUAAAUGUUUCUGUAUAUAGAUACAUAUAAAAAUAAACUCCUUUAAAAAGUUUA